GUGUGAAUUUUGCUGUAAGAACCGCAACAGUUUAAAUUAAUUGCUUGCAGGAACUGAGACUUGAACAUUUAGCGACCAAAAUGAAAGGAAGCUAACGUUAGCUUAGGCAGCGGUAACGGCGAUGUUGUUACUACAUAGAUACCAGUUUAUAUUAUCAUAAAAAAACACAAUGGAGACAGACAAACCUCAUCCGUGUGAAAAAUGUGGAGAGAGUUUCACAGACAGUGACAUGUUUGUGUCUCACCCCUGUUUAAAGAGACUGAUUGCUCCAUCCAGUAAAGGACAGCUGGGCAACUACAAAUGCUCUCAGUGCGAUGAGGUCUUUUCCAAGCCAGGUGCUCUGACACACCACUUCAAAACCACUCACAGUGGACACGACCCUGAAGGCCUGCUCCCCUGCACUGACCAUCAGGAAUGUCAAGCCCACAUGACAUCCACACAUGGGAAUGAGACUGCGUCCACAACUGUAUGCACUACUGGAGGCCAUCAGCCUCAGGUGUCCAGCAGGCCAAAAAGAAAAGUGAAAUCCAACCCGGUUUAUACAUCAUCAUCACCAGAAGAUGGGCACAAGGAACAGCCUCAGAGGGAAGGGCACAAUAGUAAAAGAGUGAGAAAGGCAGUCGAUAGCGACACUGCUCCACUAAAAUCCAAAGAGUACCUUGAAGAGGGCGCUGAGCACAUCUAUCGCACCCACACCUGCCCCACAUGUCGACGCUGCUUCAAGAUGCGGUCCCACCUGCAGGAGCACCUCCAUCUACAUUUCCCUGACCCCAAUCUCCAGUGUCCCACCUGCAAGCGUUACUUCACCAGCAAGAGCAAGCUACGCAUACACAGGCUCCGUGAGGCGGGGGAGAAGCUCCACCGCUGCCACCUGUGUGAAUAUUCUGCUGUGGAGAGGAACGCAGUCCGUCGGCACCUUGUCAGCAUGCAUGCCGACGAGGCGGAAGAUGGCCUAAACAGUAACAGCUAUCCUUGCCCCACCUGUGGUCAAAGCUUUCGCCAAAGCAGGACACUUAAGGCUCACAUGAAGAUGCACAACAUCCCACCGGACAGCAAGCCAGUGGCCUGCUUCCAAGAGGCUUGUUCUUUCCAGAGCUCUUUACGCAAAGAACUUCUCAGACACACUGUUGAAGUUCAUGGGAUCAAGGCAGUAGAAUGUCGCCAUCAUGCCUGUGGAGCCAUUUUUCAAAAAGAAACGGACAUGGAGGCUCACUAUCGGACACACCUCGCCUACCACUGCUCGCAGUGUGAUUUCUCUUGCUCCAAUAAAACUGUGUUCCUGCAGCACCAGCGGCACGGUCACCGAGGGGACGACAAGCUCUGCUGUGACUUCUGCUCCUUCGUCACGUUUAACCCCGUGGAGUUUGAGCAGCACAUCGGACUUCUGCACGCCAACGAGAAGAUCCAUCGCUGUUCUCAGUGCAGCUACGUCACCUCACAUAAACGGGGCUUGAAGAGACACAUGCUGAUGCACAGUGGUGAGAAGCCCCACAAGUGCAGCCUGUGUGAUUUCAGGUGCAGAGAUGAGUCCUACCUCUCUAAACAUAUGCUCACUCACUCAGACGACAAAAACUUCAUGUGCGCUGAAUGUGGAUACGUCACUAAAUGGAAGCACUAUCUGAACGUCCACAUGAGGAAACAUGCUGGAGACCUCAGGUAUCAGUGUGAUCAGUGCCCCUAUCGUUGUCACCGCAUGGAUCAGCUAAAUAGCCACAAACUACGACAUCAGGCCAAAUCACUCAUGUGUGAGAUCUGCGCUUAUGCCUGCAAGCGCAAAUAUGAGCUUCGCAAUCACAUGUUGGCCAAACACUCUGGAGAGGAAAAACAGCCGUCCGUCUUUAAGUGCAAAUACUGCACAUACACCACCUGCUACCGACAAGCACUUCAGAACCAUGAGAACUGCAAACACACCAAGCUGAAAGAGUUUCGCUGUGCCCUUUGUUUCUAUUCGUCGUUCAGUAGCAUCAGCCUCUUCCUGCACAAGAGGAAAGCUCACGGGUAUGUGCCUGGGGACAAAGCAUGGCUGGAGAACUACGCUGCAAAGGAGAAGGAGAGGAACUCAACGGAGGUCUCGCAGGAUUUUUACAAUAAGCGUUCAACAGCUCCUGAGCUCUCUGAUCAAUCCACUCAAGGACAUCCAGCAUCUCAGCAGAGAGAGCAGUCUGGUCUUCCUGGUGCAGGAGAUCACAGUGCGAGCAAAGAGACUGUGCCUGGAUCACAGACUGUAGAUGCCGUAAAUGUUUUUGAUGUUGUUUCUGAAGAGGUUGGUCACAGUCCUCCUUCUGUCAACAGUCAAGAGGAGUACUGUACUCUUAUUUUGACUACACUAUCCACCAAUGAUUUUCAAACGCCCUCGUUGCAAAAUGUGGAGGAAAACUCUCCAAAUCCAACUCCAAGGACAUCCACCUCUGGUACCUCUAAAGAAAAGGCAGACUCCUCUUCAUCUGCAAGUUCGUCAGAGGAAGAUAAUGUAGCGAUGGCCCAUGAAGAGUGGGAACUAAGUGACUUAGAUGACAGCUAUAAGCCUCUGAAUAAUUCAACCAGUCAACCAGUUGAGCCUGAGAGGCGUCAAACACCUCAGGCUCAGAGUGAUGAUGAAGCAACCGGCUCAGUUUUGCCACCUGAGCAAAAUCAGCCAUUAGACUCUGAAGUCCGUCGGAAAGCUAUGAAGAAGCACGACAAGGACCAGGCAGACGCCAUGCUUUUGGAGGGACGGGUGCAGAUGCUCGUGGUGCCGACUAAAGACGCAGUUUAUCGCUGUGACAAGUGCUCUUAUGUAACCUUCGAGGAGACGGCUUUGAAGCACCACCGCCAGACUCUGUGCCGUGGAAAGAUGAAGGAACACAAGUGCCAGGCCUGCGGCGCAAAGUUCAAACAGAGGCGAGGCCUUGAUAGUCACCUCGCAAAGAAGUGCCCAGCAUUACCCCGAAAAACAAGGACAUUUGUAGGAAUUUCAAAUGUAUGUCUCGCUACAGAGGAGAGCUCUAGUCAGGGUAAGGAGGGAUCAGAAAAACUGACUGAGGGAAGAAAUUCUAAUCAGACAGAGUUUCUGUCUUCGCAAAAUAAGAUUUCCACGGACUCAAAUAAUCAGGAAUUUCAUCAGCAAGAAGACGAAGUAUGUGCAUCUCAUUUAACAAUCAGCGAAGGCUUUGAUGAUAAUGCCCCUACAUCCACUGGAACAGAACAUCAGAUAAAUAAACCUUUGAAAGUGAAGCUUGUGAAGAAACAGUUAGCUUCACGCAACAAAGACAGAGGUUUAUCGUUGCAGAAAAAGUCCCUUUACACUAAAAAAGAUGGGAAAUUUAAAUGCAAGUUGUGCAACUUUUCAUCAGUCAAGCUUGCAACAGUUGAACGGCACCUCUCAACCUGCCAAAAAAAGUUUGGGAAAAGAGAGAGUCGGAUCCUUUCAGAGGAUGAUGAGUGUGAUAAUGAGGCAGUGAGAGAAAAAGAGGACUCGGUGGAUGAGGACAGUGGAAGAACUAAGAAGAAACAUCAAGUGUUCUCCUGUCCAAGCUGUGGAUUUCAGUCCAAUCAGAAGACAGCACUAGACAGCCAUAAAAAGAGAGGCUGCAUGAAGCCAGAUGAAGUCCAGUCAUCUGUAGACAGAUCUAAAAUUUCUUUGACCCGUCACAUUCUCUCUGUUCAGAAAAAAAAGAAGUUUAAUGUUGUUAAACCUAAACAUUUGCAUUGCCAGCACUGUGCUUUCACCUGUAAGCAACAGCGAUGCAUGACACAACAUGUCGCACUCAAACACAAUGGUGUCAGGCCUCACCGGUGUCGAUACUGUCCCUUUGCCACCACGAGGCGCUAUCGACUGGAAGAGCACGAGUCUCUGCACACAGGACUCGGCCGUCACAAGUGUGAUGUGUGCGACAAAACCUUUGGGGCUGUGACCAAACUGCGUCAGCACAAGAUGCGCAUCCACGACAAACAGCCCACACACUUCUGCUCACUGUGUGACUUCUGUGGCUACACGCUUGAUGAUGUGAGGCGGCACAACCUCAGAUGCCACACGGGGGAGUUGGAGCACGCUUGCACUCAUUGUGAUGCUCCCUUUAGUUCAGAAAUUGCAUUAAGAAAUCACUGUAAACGUAAGCACCACCUCCAGGUCUGUUUCUCAUGCAAGCAGUGUGACUACACAUGCAGCAGCGAGGUCACGCUGAAGGCCCACCAACAAAGCAAGCACCGUCAGGUGAAGUGCGCCACCUGCCAGGAGUCUUUUGAGACAAAGGAAAGCCUGGAGGUUCAUCAGAGAACCCACCUAGCACAUCCGUGCCAGCUGUGCUGCUUCGCUGCUAAAACGAGGCAGCUGUUAGCUCAACACCUUCUGAAUGAACACGAGGAGGGGCCUUUGGAGGACAAGCCUCUUAACUGUAGCAUUUGUCAGUUUGCCUGUCGGCAUCAGCUGGUGUUAGAGCAGCAUCUUCGCUCACAUGGGGGCAAGCGUCUGUACAAAUGCACAGACUGCGAGUAUUCAACCCGCAACAAGCAGAAGAUCACAUGGCACAUUCGCAUACACACCGGGGAGAAGCCUUACAGCUGUGAGCAGUGCAGUUACACCUGCACGGAUCCAUCUAGGUUGAAGCUUCAUAUGAGGGUUCACCAAGAAGAGAAGAAGUACCUGUGUCCAGAGUGCGGCUACAAGUGCAAGUGGGCGACUCAGCUGAAGUACCACAUGACCAAGCACACAGGAGAGAAACCAUAUGCCUGUGACGAGUGUGACUAUCGCACCAACAGAGCGGACACCCUGCGUGUCCACCGGGACACACAGCACUGCGACAUGCGCCCUUACGUCUGUGAAAAAUGCGGCAAAGCUUUCAAGACCAGUUUCAUCCUGAAGACCCACCAGCGGCAGCACAGCGACGACCGGCCGUACACGUGCGGGUUGUGCAACAAGGCCUUCCGGUGGCCGGCAGGUCUCAGACAUCACUACCUCUCGCACACCAGGCAGCAACCUUUCUGCUGCCGCCACUGCUCCUACAGAGCCAAACAGAAGUUCCAGGUGGUGAAGCAUUUGCAUAGACACCACCCGGAGGUGUCGGUGGAGCAGGGGGUGGUGAGAGACUCUGAAGCUGUUGGCCUGACCCUGAAGGAGGCUUUGCAGGGGACAUUGGAUGAGAGAGCAGCAGAGGUGGAGGAAGAGGGAAAAGCCACGAAAGUAGCAGAAGGAGUCGUUGAAGAGGAUGAGCAAAGAGAGGAGGACAGCGAGACAAGACAGUGAAGACAGAGCUCAAUACUGUAUCAUUAUCUGUCAGUAUUUAUAUUUCACCGCUUGAUUUCAUUGUAUUGUAAAAGGCUAAUAAAACACAUUAGUACACGUUGUUAAAUGAAGGAACGUGGAUUGAACGAUGUGUGU